GGAGGGCGCCGGGGGGGCGGGGAGCGGGCGUGCGUGUGUGUGCGAGUGCGAGGGAGGCCGGCCUCUAGUGUAACCGGAGCUACAAAGAAGGGGAGCGUCCGGGAGAGGGAGGGCGGAGCAGCGGCGGCGCCGGGGGCAGCUCCGCCAACCGCCCCUUCCCCCGCGCCCGCGCCCACCCGGAACGAUGAAGAAGAACAAUUCCGCCAAGAGGGGGCCUCAGGAUGGAAACCAUCCGUCCGCACCUCCGGAGAAGGUCGGCUGGGUCCGGAAAUUCUGCGGGAAAGGGAUUUUCAGGGAGAUUUGGAAAAACCGCUAUGUGGUGCUGAAGGGGGACCAGCUGUACAUCUCUGAGAAGGAGGUAAAAGAUGAGAAAAAUAUUCAAGAGGUAUUUGACCUGAGUGACUAUGAGAAGUGCGAAGAGCUCCGGAAAUCCAAGAGCAGGAGCAAGAAAAAUCAUAGCAAGUUUACUCUUGCCCACUCCAAGCAGCCCGGCAACACGGCUCCCAGCCUCAUCUUCCUGGCAGUUAGUCCAGAAGAGAAGGAAUUGUGGAUCAAUGCCCUCAACUCCGCUAUCACCCGAGCCAAGAACCGUAUCUUGGAUGAGGUCACCGUCGAGGAAGACAGCUAUCUCGCCCACCCCACUCGAGACAGGGCAAAAAUCCAACACUCCCGCCGCCCCCCAACGCGGGGACACCUAAUGGCCGUGGCUUCCACCUCUACCUCGGAUGGGAUGCUGACCUUGGACCUGAUCCAGGAGGAAGACCCUUCUCCCGAGGAACCCACCUCUUGUGCCGAGAGCUUCCGGGUUGACCUGGACAAGUCUGUGGCCCCGCUGGCAGGCAGCCGGCGGAGAGCAGACUCUGACCGUAUCCAGCCCUCCUCAGACCGAGCAAGCGGCCUACCCCGAGCUUGGGACAAGCCAGACAGAGGGGCCACCUACACCCCCCAGGCACCCAAGAAGUUGACCCCCACGGAGAAAGGCCGCUGCGCUUCUUUGGAGGAGAUCCUGUCUCAGCGGGACGCCGCCCCCGCCCGCACCCCCCAGCUGCGGGCCGAGGACCCCCCGGCCUUCAUUCCACCCCAUCCGGGGCAGCUGUCCCGGAUCCAGGACCUGGUAGCCAGGAAACUGGAGAAGACUCAGGAGCUGCUGGCAGAGGUUCAGGGACUGGGAGAUGGAAAGCGAAAGGCCAAGGACCCCCCUCGGUCCUCUCCCGAUUCGGAGUCCGAGCAGAGGCUGCUGGAGACCGAGCGGCUGCUUGGAGAGGCCUCGUCCAAUUGGAGCCAGGCGAAGAGGGUGCUGCAGGAGGUCAGGGAGCUGAGGGACCUGUACAGACAGAUGGACCUUCAGGCCCCCGGCCCCCACCUCACACCAGCCACUCAGCACAGUCAGUACCGCAAGAGCCUGAUGUGAAGGCAGGGGGACGGUGGCUGGGACUUGGGGGGUGCACAGACUCAUCUCCGAGUGUUGCAGGAUAAAGCUUUUUUAUUUACCUCAGUUGAAAAAAAGAAACUCGUUGCGCAUGCUGA